AUGGAAUAUUUCAACGCAGAAGACUUUGAUCUGAAAAAUUAUUUUAAAGAAUCGUAUGGUUCAGUAGAUGUUUUAAUCGCUCGAGCCAAGAAGGGUGAAGUACGCUGCCAAAUUCACCUUGGUGCCGCUUAUGCUACAGGUAUCGAAGGAUUCGUGGAGAAGGACACCAAGAAAGCUAUUGGCUGGCUAGACACAGCUGUCCAAAAUGGUUGCAUUAUUCCCUCGGUAAUGAAAGAACUUGGUCAAUUGCUGGAUUUCACAGGAGAGCCACACAACCAGCGAAAAGCGUACGAUUUGUAUCAAAAGGCAGCGCGUCUGGGAAGUACAUCUGCGCAGUUUAAUUUGGCUGAAAUGUAUCGAUGUGGAGUUGAAGGGGUUGUAGACGAAGAUAUCAAAGAAGCGUUUGAAUGGUACAAAAAGGCAGCAGGGGAAAGUACAGUCGAAGAUACCACAGAGGUGGGAUCUUUAGGUCUCCUUAUUGCUGGAACUAUGAACAAGAUUGAGAAUUCUCAUGAUGACCUUCGACAAAUAGCUUUGACAUCUUUGUACAAGUACUAUCUUCUAGGUGAUUGCCCAGAAGGAAAACCGCAACCAACGAAAGCUGUUCACUAUUUGACCAGAGCCGCGGAACUAGGAAACACUGAGGCCCAGCGGAAACUUGGACAGAUAUAUCUGGAAGGAAGUUGUGAGCAGAUUAGGGACUUAAGGAAGGCGAAACGGUGGCUUGGAAAAGCUUCUGCUAGCGGUGAUGUCGAGGCUAAAGAGGUUGGUGUUAAGAAUCUUCUUUUAAUGUGUAGAAAUUUACAGACAGGCAUCUUUUGAAGUUAAUCCUCUUAGCCUGUGCUUCUUACAGAUUUUUUUUUCAGUGAGGUUGUUGUAUUUUUUGUAAACAAUUUUUUCUGUUGUUGUUGUUGUCUUUUUUACCUUCCUAUUAUUUCUUUGAGCCCAAAAGUAUUGAAAGGGCGAAUACAAUCUAAAAUCGGAAUUAUGUACCCUGAUAAAAUGAAGUGUCUGAUUUUGUUGUUGCUGUGGGAAUGGGUACACCUCAAAGGAAGCUUGCACUACUUUUUAAAUCCCUAUAAACUUUGUUGGAAAUAAAAAGAAUUGUUUUUUUACUAAAGAUCUUGUCUAGAAAGUCAAGUUUUUUUUUGUAGAAAACCUGACCGAGUGACAUGAUAAGUCUUUACAGUGUUGUUGUCACACAAUAACUCGUUCGCGUCUAAACCUUUUAUGGUUAAUGGCGAUGUUUAACUUGCUUUAUUCGCCUUGAGAUCCUUAUAAACUUUGUCGGAAAAAAAAAGAAUUUUUUUUUACUUAAGAUCUUAUCUAGAAAGCCAAGUUUUUUUAAAAAAAUCUGACCGAUUGACAUGAUGAGUCUUUACAGUGUUGUUGUCACACAAUAACUCGUUCGCGUAUAAAGCUUUUUCGGUCAUUGGCGAUGUUUACCUUGCUUUCUUCGCCUUGAGAUCUUUAUAAACUUUGUUGGAAAUAAAAAUAAUUGUUUUUUUACUAAAGAUCUUGUCUGGAAAGCCAAGUUUUCUUAAAAUAAUCUGAUCGACUGAUAUGAUGAGUCUUUACAGUAUUGUCACACAAUAUCUCGUUCGCGUCUGAAGCUUUUAUAUUCAUUGACAAUGUUUACCUUGCUUUAUUCGCCAUGAGAUCCUUAUAAACUUUGUUGGAAGAAAAAAAAAAAUUUUUUUCACUAAAUAUCAUUUAAUUUUCUGUACGUCUAUCUUCUAAUAAGUUGUACUGGAUUGAAGACCAACUCGCCGACGUCUCUACUCGAUUUUACACGUCGGCGAGUUGGCGUUGGCGAGUUGAACCGUCGGCGACUUGACUGGAUACCGGAAUGGGUACACCUCAAAGGAAGCUUGCACUACUUUCUCAAGUUGCAGUUCACAUGAUGAAGAUAUAAAGAUUCUUUACAACAAAGCACUGAAUUUUGCCAAAAAUGGCAACAAAUACAACAAUGUUGAUGUUUGAAUUCUCCCAAGGUGCCAUUUUGGAUGGUAGGAUGUGAUAUGGUUGCCACUAUUAUAAAUAAAUGAAUCUAUUUCUGUAAUUUAUGGGUGGCAUAAUACCUCAAUAACAGAUAUAAACCUUUUAUUAAUUUUGUUUCAUUGAUUAGCUUCUUCAGCAGUGCCCAGGGAGUUAUGACAUGAAGCAUGACAUGUCAGAAGUGUCAGAGGAGGCAUUUGAACAAUCAUCUGAUGUUAUGAGAGAAAAACUGAGGCAAAGAAAUGAUGCAGAUAAACACCUAUUAGCUAUUUAUCAACCUGUGGCUUUUUCAGAAGAAAUGCUUCAACAAUAUGAGUGGUCCCCAACAGCAAGAAUUCACCUCCGAGCUUACAAACUGGUGAAAGAGGGCCUUGAUAUUCUUUACAGUAGUAACUUCACUGAUGAGAGAGGAAUUACUCUUAUGGCCUAUGGAUUCUUGACUGAAAACUCUAUAAUUCAAGCAUUUCCUAUUUUGUCACCCAAUAUUCUCCAGCUUUGUGAGGAAAUUUUAAUAAAGAAUCCUUGCUUCUUGGAGGGACUCCUUUUGUCCUAUGCUUUGUGGGAUUUCAAAAGGGGGAAAUGUUCAGAAGAAAAUUCAAAAACUGACAACCAAGUAAAAUUUUGUAUAAUGAACUUGAUCAGUUUUGUCCAUAAGGCAGAACCCAACAGCUCUCCAUGUGAAGACCCAUUUGAGUUUGAUAAGAACUACAGCAGCUGGCUUCAUGUCUUGUAUUAUCAUUUAGCAUCCAUUUGCAUAAUUUCAGGAGCUACUGAACUUGCUGCAGAGGCUUCUCAGAACUCUGUCAAGUGCUGCCCGUCAUACUAUGAGGCUAAAAGAGUUCUGGGUUAUACAAUGAUGUUGCUGUAUGCUUCCAAAAAGUUCACUGAAAGAGAAGAUGCAAGCCAUCAAUUACCCAGAGAGUUGCUCAGACUUUACAAUCAACAACCACAUAAGAGAGAAAUUUCCAAAUAUGAUUCCUGGAUCGCUGAAAAAUUAAGAGACACAGCAGUGAAGGUUUUAAAGGAGUAUCUUGUAGAGGCCCCACACUGCUGCAAGACAUACCCAAAUGUUUGUUACUACCUGGCAAAAAUUUAUCUGCUAGAAAGAAACAUGGAUGAAUUCAGGAAGUAUUUUGAACUGGGACAAGAUGCUGAAGAAAAAAGGCUUCCUUUCUUCAAAAAUGUUGACCUGCCAUUAAAGGAUGAGAUGGCACCUGUCUACCAACUUCUUGCUAAUGUGGAAAUAAAAGCAAUGUGUGGAAACAGGGCAUGCACCAAAAAUGUCAAAGAGAGUGACUUAAAAUCUUGUGGUCAGUGUGGUAUGCAAAAAUACUGCAGCAAGUAC